UGCUUUAAGUUUAGAAAUCGUUGAAAAGCACCUUUACUUUUUUGCCGCAUUAUCUGACCAUAUGAGUCGAAAGAGAGACAAACCCUACUUCUCCCGCCACGCCCCCGCUUCCAUCUCUAAACGGCGCCGUGCUCUGCAACCUCAACCCCCGCCGCCAACUGAAGAUGAGGACAAGCCAGCAGCCAAGCAAACGCCGCCACCCGCUGUGGUCGUCAUGGGUCUUCCUCCAAAUUGUUCGGUGCUCGAUUUGAAGUCGAGAUUUGAGAUCUAUGGCUCAAUCUCCCGCAUCCGCAUCAACAGUGAUGCUAUCGGCUACAUAGCAUAUCGCUCCAAAGAAUCCGCCGAGUCUGCCAUCGUUGCUUCGCUUGAUUCCUCCUUCGGCAUUACUGUUGAUUCCAAAAAGGUUCAACUAUUGUGGGCAACCGAUCCUUUAGCUCAAUGGACAGAUGGGGUAGGGGUUGGUGCUAUUAAGGAUAAUGGGUCAUUGUCGUCAUCUAAGCUUUUGCGGCCUGAGGUGCCUUUGAGCAGGUAUGGAAGAGGUAAUAAGCUUGCAUCUGCUAUAGUCAACCCAAGAAGAGCUGGUGAUGGUUCUUCAAUGUUACGAAUGCCUAUUAAAGGUAGAGAAAUUGUUGCCUAUGAUGAUAUUCUGUAAUGCAGGACUAUGGGUAUCUGUUCUCUUUGUAACGGUAGUGCAAGUUUGAUCUUAGCUUUCGUUUUGCGGUUUUUUUUUUUUCACUCUAAUUUCUAGAAUCGAAUAUUAAUGUCUGUAUGGUGUAAAUGGUUUGUGUCUUGGAGUUGGAAAAAUGAACGGAAGGAAUGGUGUGGUUUUGGUUUAUGGUUUCUAAUGAUGUUUGUAUAGUGCCAA